AUGCCCGUCUCCGAACAUCGGCCGUCCUUCCUUAUUGAGGCUUGGACCCUCUAUGCCAUUGGCACGUCUAUUAUCUUUACACGCUUUGCAGUGCGAUUCAAGACUGUCGGACUCCGUGGACUACAGGGCGAUGACUUCUUUUCACUUCUGGUCCUGCUGUUUUAUACAGUGGAUGCAUUUACAGUACAUAUGAUUUAUUUCCUGGGCACGAAUAUCGAAGGUGGCGCCGCAGCGAAAACACACACCUGGUACGCCUACACGGCACUGAUUUGGUCUCUCAAGGGCACUAUGCUGUGCUUCUUUUCUCGCAUGACGAUCGGUACAUGGCACAAUGUUUUUGUCAAGACAGUCUCUGUUAUUUGCGUUGUCUCAUAUGCCGCUGUUUUCCUUACAAUCACCUUUGGAUGCUUUCCCUAUCACAAGAACUGGCAGGUUCUGCCAAGUCCCGGACUGGUUUGCACUUUAAAGAUGCAAAACUUCUUGGUCACAACUGUACUAAACGUCUUGACUGACGGUCUCAUUCUUUGUAUUCCCUUACCUCUUCUCUGGAAGCUCCAGGUUCCACUUCGCAAGAAACUCGUUGUCGGACUUCUUCUCUCCUCGGGCGCCUUCGUCAUCGCAGCAGCCAUCACUCGAGUCGUCCUCACCCUCUCCGCCAAUCCUUCCGCACUCACAAUUAACUCAUGGGGUGUACGCGAAACCAUCGUCGGAAUUCUCACAGUCAACAUCCCCAUCCUACGACCAUUAUUUUCUAAGGCCUUCUGGACGGGACAGUCUGUAUCCAACCUCGGUUCUUCAUACCGAACACAAAACCGAACAGCGGGUACUCGUGGCAACGGAACGACAGACUUGGGCCCCUACGAGCUCACGCCAAGUAUCAAUGAAGGCGCAAAGCCAAGCGAUAGAGGCAGCCAAGAUUCCAUCAUACCGAGAAACAUCAAGUUGGCGGAUAUCGUUGUUUCCAAGACAUACAAUGUCACUCAUGGCAAUGGCGUUGACAAUGGGUCGUGGUAUGGUGAUCACAACGGUGCGUCCAAGGCUUCUGUGCACGCCGAGUCACCCGUAUAA